AUUAGGUGAAUGGGCGGUGGGGGCGUGGCCACCACUCAGGAAACGCAACCUGUCAAUCUUUUACUGUGGCGGGAGCAGAAAACGAAUGCCAGUGAGGACGCCUAUGAUUGCCUUACUUUUUCUAUUACUGUUUGACAUCCUGUGUGCGUUUGGACGAACCCUCUCCUCUUGUAAUCUCGACCGUCCAUCGACAGUUUGUCCAACCAUUUUUCUUCUCGAGGAGGAUUUUGUCUCGGAAAGGAAUUAUUCAGUAACUUGUUCAGAAAAUUCCAACAGACCUGCUCAGGAUGACUGGGAUGAGCGUCUCUCUGCCAUGGAGUUGCAUUCGGGGAAGCGCGAAGCUCUGUGACUGAACAAACUAGCCGUACUGCGGCACGGCUUCGCAAAAUAAACGCUUUGCGACUGUCUAUCCACUUGCUAAGUCGCAGAAAUGUUGUAAAAACCUCUAGUUUUGCGUGGGACUGGGGGACUGAGAGUCGAAGAAGGCGAAGAGACCACAGCAGGUGCACGUGAACACAGGAAUAUUAUAAUGGCUCUCGCGGCGGUUUCCCUCUACCUCCUCGCGCUCGCCUGGACGAACUUGCGCCCGGUUCACGGGAACAACCGUCACGCCGUUUACUGGAACAGCUCAAACAUCCACUUGCGGAGAGAGGGCUACACCGUACAAGUCAGUGUUAAUGACUACCUGGACAUCUACUGUCCACACUACAACCAGAGUCAGCGGGGGGCGCUGGAGCGUGGUGUGGCUGAGCAGUAUGUUCUCUAUAUGGUCAGUUACCGAGGCUAUCGCACCUGCGACCCGCAGAUGGGCUUCAAACGCUGGGAGUGCAACCGGCCGCACGCCCCCCACACGCCAAUUAAGUUCUCUGAGAAAUUCCAGCGUUACAGCGCCUUCUCUCUGGGCUAUGAAUUCAACGUUGGUCAUGAGUACUACUAUAUAUCUACACCAAUCCAUCACCACGGACACAGCUGUUUAAGACUGCGGGUGUUCGUCUGCUGUUCUACAGCCUCUAAUGCAGAUGACGACUCUAACCAGAGUCCACCUGACUACACUGUCACACCCAAACUACAUGACAUUGACGAGUUUAACCCUGAGAUCCCUAAACUGGAGAAGAGUGUCAGUGGCAGCAGUCCGUCUGGAGACCGACUGUUAAUCACUGUGGCGACGCUUCUCCUCGCUGCUCUCCUCGUGUCCUAGCAACCGUCUCUCUCUCUCUCUCUCUCUCUGAUAUUUCUGAGCCAGCAGUCCCGUGCGCUCCAAGAAAAAGAUCGUCUUUUGUUCAACCUGUGCGGGAGGUUAUCCAAUCAGAACAGAUUAACCACUAGUCGAGCCCUAAACGUGGGAGCUAAUUGUAGAUCUACCACACCCAAAUAGUGGCCUUUGUCUCCACAAUUUUGGACCUUACGAAUAAGGAUGACAUGCAUCGAUUUCAGAACUUGCCUUUGUGAUGGAACGUCCACUCUUCUCAAAAAAAAAAAAAAAAAAGUGAAUCCGGUUAGACAGUGAGGUCUCUACCUCUAGCUAGGUCUUUUCUCUUCUUCAAUGAACCCAUCCAGACUGGGGCAGCUCUUGAAGUGGACAUUUUGGGAUUGACAUGAGCUCAAAUGCAUCGUAGUGGUCAGUGCUUUGACCGCUGGAUCUCAGCUGAGGGGAAUGGAGGAGUAUUGGAGACCUUUGAUCCUGUCUUAACAUUCUGUCAUAAUCCAUACCUGUGUGACUGCGAUAUGUGUCAGUCAUUGAUAGUUCUGCAGAAGAGAUCAAUAAAACUCAUUUGCCAGUCACUAAGUUCAGGUGUCAGGCUUAUGAAUCGUUCACAGAAAGGCACCGCUGAUGUUUCUGCUAGCUGCUGGGCUGGACUCUCGUCUGCAAGCUGUAACACGAAUGCUUUCCAUCUAGUUUCCUAGUUCCAUUGCUGAACUUGGAAACUAGAGGCACGUUGAUCGGGUCAAAGACCAUCAUUUUUGUACAUUGUGUGACCGAAAACGUUUGGUCAUCAAGUAGUGCACAUAACAAAAGAGAAUCGGACCGAAUGAACGGUAGAUGAUAGAUAUACUUCUAUUUGCUAUAAUAUGUACGUGUCAUCAUCGGGAGGUACUGGAUUGCCACUGAUCAGCAUAGUGGCUGUUUUUGUAAGAGCGGUUGAGUAGUAAACUGCAAUUCGCUGUUUUAUAUCGAUGAAUUGCGAUGCAGAAGUAGUUUUUACUGUAUGAUACAUAUAUAACUGCUCUUUGAGUAUGUUACUUUAUAUACUUAAUUUAUUGAGUUAUUUAUUGAUCAUUUGAUCCUUUUUUUAAAACUUUGUGAGUUUUUUGUCUGCUUUCUUGAGGGAACUUUCCUCAUCUUUGCUAAUGCCAAAUUAUUUAGUUGGUUUUUGUUUGUUUCAUCGCCUUUAUUUCUGCUCACGUGCCAGCAAGUUCAUGCAGUAGUUACAAAAAAAAAUCCUCAUCCUCUGCUCUCAAUUGAAAUAGGUGCAUUUUCUUCAUAAGGAGAGUCAUUAUAGGACAGUGUGAGAUUGUUGUUGUCUAUAUUGGUGGGUGGGGCAUUUAGGGAGGGGUUUCUCAAAAAGGGCGGGGCUUCAGUGCAGUAAUGGAAUGCGUAAGCGAUCCUCAGACCGCUGCAGAUAAUGUCAAGAGUGAAUGUCUAUGUAAAUGUGUCUGCGUAUGUGUCUUAGGAGUGUGCACUUUACAAGGGAAUCGUAUGAAAGUUUUGGCAUUUUCAUAUGCAUUAAGAUACACAUUUGUAGGAUUUAAAUACUCAAGCUUGCGUGAGAGUUUCGGCUGGUAAGAAUGGGGCGGGCGAGAACGAAAGCAGUUAUCAUUGUUGGAAACAACAGUACCAAUCGUGUUUACCUUAGAAUGAUUACAAACAUGUAAACGAAUCAUGAAUGACAAUUACCAGAAUGAAACUUAAUAAACCAUUCUUA